AUGAAGUCGUGCUCAAAUCAAAGUUAUGCCUUGCUACAUAGUACCACUCAACCAAGUCCCAAUCAACAAUGGAUUGUGAAUCAAGAGAAUAAAAUAAUUCAGUUAGUCCAAAACAUAAAUAAGCGAAUAAAAAAUGCUGAAAAUGAAAGAGAUUCAAUUUUGAAAAUUAUAGCGCACUUACAAACUGAAAAGGGACUUGUUACUGACAGUAACAAAUAUUCUAGUCAUGAAUCAUACCCAGUGAACGGAAUUCACUCUUCAUGUGCUGAGAAUAUGUGGAAGCAAAACUCGUGUGAAAAAGUUAAGCAUAAUGACAGAAAUGCUCUUCGAGAAUCAAGCAAUCUUUCUGAGGGAAUUCAUUCAAAGUGUAGCAGAUGCAAUAUUGCUCCAAACAAUUCUAAACAAUGGCUAAGUAGUCCCCCGAAAGAAUGUGAUGCGGUAGAGUUUCAUAAUAUUGAAAAGUUUAUUAACGUUGUGCUGAUUCGAAAGCUUCAAACAUUGGCUGAUCAUUGUCGCAAAUCUUUACAAACAUGUUUAUAUCCCCACCAAAAUGGUAGUAUGAAUCCUGCUCAUCAACCUGAAACGCCAACUUGGACUAACGUACCGAAUUCCUUUUCAAGAGGUUGUCCAUGUAUAAAUUCCAGUUUAAAUGGUGGAUUCGUUACGCGUAAGUCUAACCAUGAUACAACUGACAUCACCCUUUGUAAAGUCGAAGAGCCAGUCAAAGAUGAACACUCUCGUAAAACUUCAUUGGAUAAUUCGAUUUCCAUGAAUCCAUUAUUUAAUUCUAAGUCUCAAGUUUGCCAAGCUGUUGAAUAUGUAACAAGUGUUAAACCAUGUCAAAAGAUUUCGAAUACUAAUAAGUUAACAUUUACAAGUAAUAAAUAUUGUAGUGGAAGAUGUUAUUAUUGUAAAGAAAACCAAUCGAAGACAAACAGGUUACCCGUGAUCUACAAAGUGACUGAUUAUUCUUCACCAAUGAAAAAAGUUGCAUGGCGAUGA